UUUUAUAUGGUUAACUGGUUAAAUACAUGUGUUGUUUUGUUUCUCUUGUCCAUGAUAGGGACAAUGACUUAACGCCUAUCGAGGGUGGUCAGCUUUCCAACAACAAAGUGUGCUCCGGACACUCUAGUAACCGUUGUGCGAAUAAUAGUAAUAAUAAUAAUGGUAACAAUAACAAUAACGUGGGUGGCCCGCUGAUGUCCGCGGUGGCGCAUCUGAACGGUCAAGUGAGCGGUAUGAGUGGUAGCCGGGGGUUGGCGGGCACGUCGUCGCACACCGGCGGCGCGGCGUCCUCGAACUCGAUAGUGUUUAGCGCGGCCGAGCCGUGCAACCCCCUGCCGUCGUUGACCACCAGUAGUAAUCCGUUCAACCACUUUUCGGGGAACAUGGACUUGGAAUUCGAGCUGUUCCCCAGUUCCACCUGGGACUUGGACAGCAGCAGCGGGUGGGCGGAUAGGCCCGAGUCGAGAGCGAGCGGGCCACCGAAUUCACGACCAUCCUCCCAGCCAGCCCCGACAUCUCCGAGCCCCCAGGGGACCUUCUCUAAUUCGGCGGUGGCGCCUCACUGCAGUCCCCUACGCGCGUUCAGCCCGACCUCGGCCAACGCCGCUCACACCUUCAGUAAUUCCUUCUCCCUCAGUCCGCUUCAGGAGACGACCUCCUCCUUGACGAACAGCGCCGCUAGUAGUAGUGUUAGUGCCAACGGACCGGCGCCCGGAUUGACGGCCAAGAGGCAGGACGAGGGGAAGAGCACCACCGCGACCGGUUGCCCGCCCGCCGCCAACCAAUCCGUCAUCGAGGGAAACAACGCGAGGACCAAUAAUCCCGCCUCCACGCCGCCUGUCGCGCCCGCACCGGCCCAAACUACCGCGACCGUUGUCGAAACUCAGAACAGUGUCGUGUCCACCGAGUCCGGUAGACUGAGAAACUUGUUGACCAAGGGCGGUAGUGCUAGUGAGGAAACUCAGGACAAUACGAGUAACGAUACCGAGAGCCAAAACAAGCAUAGGAUAUUAAAGAUUUUGUUGAAUCAACAAGAUGAGGACGAUUUUCAUCCGGAGCAUAAUAACAAAGUGCGCACGAGCCCUAGCAACAUGCCCAAACCGAGCAUCGACCAUUCCAAAUCGUCGCUUGGAAAUAAUAUGCUGUUACAGCUAUUGAACGAAAAGAACGACGACGAGGACGAGGAGGCUCGCGCUGGCUUGAAAAAGAGAAACGAACUGUUGCAACAACUUUUGAAAGAUCAAGACGAUGAGAGAAAAGUACAGGAACAACACUGUAAGCCGCAAAGGGAAGAAGAUUCUCUGUUACGAAAUCUUGGUUUUCGGAACACCACGCCAUCACCGUCUCAAUCGGGUGACAACAUUGGGCACAGUUCCAGCCAGGUUGGUCAGAAGAGACCCGGCGAAGAUGGCGACUUGAACAUAGCCGCGAAGCGACCUAUGGAUGGGUCUCAUCAAGUUUCUUCUUCCGGCACGUCUACGAAUGCGACCAGCAAACUCUGGGAGAGGAAUAAAAUGUUAGCUUCGUUGUUGGCUAAGCAGCCUCCUCAGCCAACCACAAUACCGCCAAUACCUGCAUCUGUGAUAUCGGCAACACCACAAGAUAAGCUGGUUCGCAUAGGAUUGAAAUCGCAACAGCCACAGCCACAAACACAGUCUCAAUCGCAGCAACAACAGCAGCAGCAGCAGCAGCAGCAACAACAGCAGCAGCAGCAGCAACAACAGCAACAGCAGCAGCAGCAGCAGCAGCAACAACAACAGCAGCAACAGCAGCAGCAACCUUGGACAGGUAGCAGUAUGCAGUCGGUCGGUGGCAAUAAUACGAUUACGACAACCGCAACUUCUGCACGAACACCGCUCCAAACACAGUCGAGACAACUACCUCAUCGUCAAACAACCAAUACCUACCUCACUCAUAUGCUAAGUCAGCAACAAAGACCUCAAAUGGGUCAAAUGGAUUCGGAAUUUACGAGCAGCGGAGAGUAUCGUCAAACGAGCACGGAUCUUAAUACUUGGGAUAAUCAGUCGUCGGAUCCCGAUCUUUCCGAUAUUUUAGAUCAAGUUAUCGAGUUCGUUCCGGACGAAGCUAUUACAGAUUCGUCUGCGAUAGCAAAUCUCCUAGAUGUAACCGAAGCGCCGCAAAACAACGCGAUGAACGAGACGAUGGCGAUAAACGCGAUACAGAAGUCGUUGAUGUUAUGCGAGACUGCCGUAAAUCCAACGUCUUCCACCAUAACAAUUCCUAGCACGCCUCCAGCUUAUUCCACCGCAUUGGGUACCACACCCGUAACGACGAGUCAUAGUUACCAGCCACCUCCUAUGUAUCAGCAACAACCGAGGAUGAGGUUUAACACGCAACCGGGGAUCAGGCAGACGACUGCUCAAUUUACGCAACAGCAACAAUUACAAUUGCAACAACAACGGACGAAAUUGAUACAGCAGCAGCAGCAACAGCAACAACAAUUGAAACAGAGGUUGCUGCAACAACAACAGCAACAGCAAUUACUCAUUCCUUCCAAUGCUACAGCUCCGGAACAAAUUACUACCAUUCACAAUAUCGAUAAUCUUCUGAAUAAUACUGUUGCGCCAAACGUAUCGUUACAGCGGUCGAGUGUACCAGAUUCACAAGUGUCUCCAGGUUAUGGGGGAUCCGUCCAAAUGCCUUCCGGUCACCGACUUGCACAUUCUUAUUCUCAUCCUUCAACGUUACCACAACACCCUAUCGUAAACAGUAAUUUUAACAGUGGUCAACAAGUGUCUGCGGCAGCACGACUCUCGCCUCAUUCUUCCGCUGGUAUUUUGUCAUUUUCGCAUCCGCAACCGUUGUCACCACGUGUGACGCAAGGCAACUAUGGUAAUACCCCGAGAUUAUUCACCGUUAACCAGGUGAGAACGCAGCAACAAUCUACCGCCCAGCAACAAUUGCAACAACAACAGAGAUCGAUGCCGUCACCAGGGACUCCGGCAUCUGCUCGGCAAUCUCCGUUUCCGGCGGAAACUUUCCCUCCACCCACAUCUCCCACCGCUACCCAAUUUCCACCUGGCCCUAACCCUGGUGCUCCGAAUCCUUCUGCCCAAUAUCGAUUGCAACGGACCACGUCUACACCUUCGGCCACGACUCAAUUGCCAGGUGGGGUAGGUUCGCCCCGGCACUACGGCGGAGUGAGUAAGGAACAACCCCUUCUUUCACCUAGUCAUCCACAUUCGGGUUGCAACCCGGCAACACCGACUCAUAAUCAACACAACGUAACGAAUACCCAACAACACUUCUCCAAUCAACAACAUUCUUCUAUGAUAUACCACACCGCCAAUACUAUCAACACAGCUGACAUGCAGAACAAUCAGUUCUGUUACGAUCGGACGACUGUUCCACUAUAUUCGUCAGGGCCUGGGGACACGCAGGACGCCAGGCCUUUGCCUCCCGGUAAUCCUGUCAAUCACCAAUUGGGUGGUAAGUCAUAUGACCACUUAAUGUCAUGUGACCAUCACUUCGUCAUCAUCACACCCCCUUCCGUAUACGCCCUUCUUCUCUGUAUCUAAAGUACCCCCCCUCUC